GCGCCAACUACCGUAUAAACUAGGCUUGUGCGAAUAUUCGAGCACUUCGAAUAUUCGAACGAAUAUUAGAGUAUUCGAAUUCGCUUCGACCCGAAUUUAAGAUUUCCGAUAUUUUGAAGUAUUCGGGGUGAACGAAUUUCAAAACUGCGUGCAAGUACUAUCAGGAGUUUUGGUUUCGUUUGGCAAGCCGCAGUGCCAUUGACAUCAGGCCUACAUCUUGACUACAUCUAGAGCCAAGACAAGCUAAGCCACAUUCAGAGCGUUGUCGUAGCCAUCUUACACACGCACGUUCGUCAAGGCUCCCGUUUCAUUGUUUGGUUACCGUGUGGCUGUGCAGUGAGCAGGUGUUGAUCGCACUCCACGCUUGGAACUUCAGUGUGCAUCAGUUACUUCGGUCAAGUGACAUGGCCAAUGCGUCCACGGGUGCCAACCCGAUAUGAAACUUUUUUGUAAAGGUCCCGCCUGGACAAGAAGCUCAGUGUCUGAAGUGCCACUCCAUUCUGAAGACGCCAACUCCCCGGGGAGGGGACUACGACGACUCUGGCGACGCAUUUAACGAGGCACCCGGAUGUCUUCGUGACAUACGAAAAGGAACAUUGUGCGCGGAAAAGCGUGAAGUCUACUGCUAAGCCUGACGUGCAGCAGCCCUCAGUUGCUGACCGGUUCAAGCCGAAGCUGAAACAUACGGCGCCAAAAGCACAGCAAAUGACAAAGGCCAUUGCCGGAUUCAUAGUGCGCGGGAUGGAUUCCUACAGUGUUGUUGAGGAGCCGGGCUUUGUGGCCGUUAUGAACGCUGCUAUGCCCGAGUACGUUGUGCCGUCGCGGACAACCGUUUUCCCGAGCAAUAAUCUCGGAGCUCUAUGCUUCGAAAAAGCAAAACUUGAUGAACAGCCUUCAGGCGGUGAUUGACGGUGGAGUCGAGGCCAUUUCAAUAACAACGGACAGUUGGACAUCGCGUGCUAACGAAAGCUACUUGUCGGUAACAUGCCACAUCAUAGACAGCUCAUUUCAACUUCAUGUGCACGCACUGGCAUGUACAGAAAUGGCAGACGCUCACACAGCUGGAAACUUGGUGCUGUUUCUAAAAAGCGUGAUGGAGGAGUGGGCACUUCCCGAUCCAGGUACUGUACCAGUGUACGUAGUUACAGAUAAUGGAAGAAAUUUCACUGCAGCAAUUACACAGUCGCCUUGGAUAGGCAUAAAAUGUUUCGGGCACACGCUGCAGUUGUGCGUGAGUGAUGUCAAGCGGGAUGUACCUGGAUUCUCCCAACUGUGCAUGAAGGCCAGGGCUAUCGUUGGCCGCUAUAAGAAAAGCUCAAAGGCUCGGGCGCGCCUUAUGGAAGUACAAAGGGAAAUGCAGCUGAAUGCCCUGGAAGUGGUGCAAGAUGUUCCGACGCGUUGGAAUAGCGAGCAUCAGAUGAUGACUAGGCUGCUCAAGCUUCGCAAACCGAUCACCGUGGAGCUUUCGGAGUGCGAUGCGGUUGAUAACCUCACUGCAGCUGAAUGGAAGCUGAUGACUGCCGCUGUGAAGGUACUCGAUCCACUUGCUCAAGCCACAACAGAGCUAUCUGGGGACAAAUAUCCCACGUUGUCCCAAGUAAUUCCAUUGCUGGAGUGCACUGGCAUUGUACUUGCUCAGCACACAGCUCAAUCAGAUGAGUCAUCAGCAAUUGCUUCAAGUCUGGCACGCAGCAUCAAGGCAAGGUUUCCUGGUGUCGUGACAUCUGAGGAUACAGCCCUAGUGAUGUUGCUAGACCCAAGGUUUAAGGAUGCCUGCUAUACGGAAAGGGCAGAGAAGAAGUGGGCCUGCGCUAUUCUUACCAAAGCAGCAGAGGGAACACUGCAAGUUUUAUGCUGCGAAGCAUCAACUGAGAGUGAUACAGGUUCAGAUAGCUCCCAAGAUGCUUCUGUGUGGGGGGCCUUUGCUAGUUUUGCAUCAGAUGGUUCUAAGAAAACUGGUCCUUCCAUCAAAGAUGAUGUUCAGAACUACCUGAGAGCUCCCCUCCUUCUUCGCUGUGAGGACCCACUCGAUUGGUGGAAGAACAAAGGCAGCCACCUUCACCCGUCCCUUGUAAGGGUAGCCCGCAAAUACCUCUCAGUGCCAGCAACCCAGACAACAAGCGAAAGGUUAUUUUCGACAGCGGGUGCCAUUGUGACCUGCAGACGGGAGCACCUUCUUCCCCAGCAUGUGGAGCAAUUAGUUUUUCUCCAUGAGAAUUUUUUACUUUCAUUUUGUUAACUGUAGAAGGCAACACCUUUUACUUGCAUGUAGAACUGUGAUAUUUUUUUUAUUAAAACAUGUUAUCAAACGGUCUUUUUUUUUUCUGUGUGAUGUAGCAUUUUAACUAGUAGAAGGUGGCAUCUUCUUCACUGGCUGUGGAGCUGCUAGUCUAAAUGCCAUUAUUUUUUUACUUGAAAUAUAUUACCAAAUGGUUUUCUGUGAUGUUUUACGUAUGUGUGUGUGUUGUAGGUUUGUUAUCUGUGUAGAAGGGAGCAUCUUCUACAACUAGUCUAUAUACAUAAAAAUUUUUUACUGGUUAAGAUAUGUUAUCACAGGAUUGUCUGUGAUUCCUUUGUAUGUUGCAACCUCAAAAAUAAAGAAUUUUUGCAUAAAACAACUUUGAACUGCUUAGUUUUGUUCUUCGG